AUGCCCUACAGACUGCAAUUCAAAGGAGACCCAGAAGCAUACACUCCGGAUGCAGACCUUUUGUUUGCGGAAACUGCAAAAUGGAAGAGAGCCAAAAUUUUAGAAAAAGUUACUGGUCUUGUAGGUAUACUCUAUGAUAAUCGCAUUGUGUCUCCCCUUGAUUUGAGCCUGCACCCUCUACAGUCCGAUCCACCAAAAGAAAUGCUAUUCACAGCUGUACGCACGGACGGUCAAUUAAGUCUAAAGGCUCAUAAUGGAAAUUAUUUGGAAUUGAGACAUGAUCGCUCUGUGGCCAUAGAGACAGCUGCAAUGGGACCAACAAGUCAGUUAACCCUGCUCGUCGAGGGCGGGCUCUUCACCAUCAAGUCAGGCCGGUCGUGUUUGGCAGUCAACGAAAACAAACUGGUGUCCGAUAACACUGGGGCUCAGUUUGUGAUUAUAGUACAAAAAUAA